AUGACGCGUCUCGCCAUCGAGACGUGGAUCUGGUACGGAGUCACAUGGCUCGUCGUCAUUGCCCGGCUCCUGUCUCGUCGGCUGGUCGUGGGAUCAGUCAAGAAGUAUCAGACUGAUGAUUACCUGAUGGUUCUUGCUAUGGCCUGUGACGCGGUUCUCAUUGCUUGCAUCAACAUCGUUUCCCACACGAGCAGCAACCUCAUAGACCCUACUCAAGCAGUCGACCUCACACCAGAUGAGAUCGAUAAACGCCAACUCGGAUCCAAACUCAUCCUUGUUGUAGAGCAGCUCCAAUGUACCGUGACCUGGCUCGUCAAGUGCUGUUUGCUCCUCAUGUAUAACCGACUAACGACAAACUUGACGUACAAUCGCGCUGUCAAAGUAGUUGGCGUGUAUGUGAUUGUCGGGUUUGUUGUCAUGGAGAUUCUAUACUUUGGAGUAUGGUGUCGCCCUUUCAAUCAGUACUGGGCUGUCCCUACCGACAAUGUUCAAUGCUCAACCGCAACACAUCACCUCAUCACGAAUGCAACCCUCAACAUCUCGUCCGACAUCAUGAUCAUUAUCCUUCCUAUGCCCCUAUUUCUGAAAUCCAAUGCCUCAGCCAAGAUCAAAGUGCUCUUGUGCUGCAUUUACACCGUCGGCGUCUUUACGAUUGUCUCCGCCGUUUUGAAUAAAUACUACUCCUUCACCGACCCUUUUGGGGCUGACUGGACAGCCUGGUAUAUACGCGAAUCUUCAACGGCACUCAUUGCUGCCAACCUCCCCUUGACUUGGCCCCUUGUCCGUCAAGUUAUGCACAUC